AUGUCUGUGAUGUUUGCGCCGCCCGCCCCCGGGCAGCAGCAGAGGGGUGGCCGACCUCCACCCACUGCCCAGCAAAUUCAGAAGCUGCUGGAUGAGAACAGCCAGCUGAUCCAGACAAUCCAGGAGUGUCAGAACAAGGGGAAGAUGCAGGAGGUGCAUCAGUACCAGCAGCUGCUGCACCGCAACCUGGUCUACCUGGCCUCCAUCGCUGACUCGUCACAGAACAUCCAGAGCCUGCUACCCCCGCCGCAGCCGCCGGGCGCCCAGCCGGGGGUGUCGCCGGCAGAGGGGGGCGGCCAGCGCGCGCCGCAGUACGCCGCCGGCUACCCGCCGCCGGCCGGCGGCAUGAUGGCCGGCCGACACCAGGGCCAGUACCGGCCGCAGCAGGCCGGCUACCCGCCGCAGGGGCAGCAGGCCUACCCGCCGCAGCAGGGCUACGGCUACGGUGGCCAGGCGGGCGGCUACGGCUCCGGCUACCAGGCCGGCUACCAGGGCCAGCAGAUGUACGGCUACGGCCAGACGGCGCCGGCGGCCGGCCAGCAGCCGCCCGGCGCGCAGUACGGCCAGUACGGCCAGCAGCCGCCCGGCCAGCCGGCCGCCUACUACGGACAGCACGGCUACCAGCACCAGCCGGGCGGCGGCUACCAGCAGCAGCAACAGCAACAGCAGCCUCAGUCUCAGCAGGCGCAGCAGCAGCAGCCGGGAGCCCAGCAGCACCCGCAGCAGCAACAGGGUCCGCAGCCGUCUCCUCAGCAGCAACAGCAGCAGCAGCAGCAGCAGCCAGGACAACAUCCUCAGCAGCAACAGCCAGGGCAACACCCUCAACAGCAGCAGCAGCAGCAUCCACAGCAGCAACAGCAACAACAGCCUGGACAACAUCCUCAGCAACAGCAGCACCCACAACAGCAGCAGCCUGGACAGCACCCACAGCAACAGCAGCCAGGACAGCACCCACAGCAACAGCAGCAGCAGCAGCAGCCAGGGCAGCACCCACAGCAGCAACAGCAGCAGCCAGGACAGCACCCGCAGCAGCCGCCCCACUCUCAGGCUCAGCCCCCGCAGCAGCCGUCUCCCGCUGCGCAGCAGUCUCCACAGCAGCAGCAGCAGGCCCAGCCGCCCCAGCCGUCGCCGCAGCAGUCUCAGCCUCCGCAGCAAACCCCGCAGCAACACCAGCCUCCGCAGCAGCAGCAGCAGCAGCCCCCACCCCAGCAGCAGCAGCAGGCCCCGCCGCAGCAGCCGCCGGCACCGCCUCAGUCGGCUCCGCAGCAGGCGCAGCCGUCUCCGCAGCCGCCGCAGGCCGCCACCUCUCCCCACCCGCCGGUGCGCAGCCCGCAGCAGCCGCCGCCGCAGCCGAGUCCGCAGCCGGCCGCUCAGCAGCAGCCGCCGCAGCAGCAGGGCUCGCCGCAGUCUGCGCUGCCACCGGCGUCUACCCCACAGCCCCAGCCGCGCCCGGUGGCCACUCCGAGCCCGACAAUGGCCUCUGCGCCGAGCCCGCAUCUGCCGGCUCCCUACCCGCCCGGCCAGCGCUCUGCCUCGCCGUACCAGCAGGGUUACCCGGGCCCGUACCCGGGCCAGCCGGCGCCCGGACAGCACUACCCGGCGGCGGCGCACGGUGCGCCGGCUCCCUACCCGCCGGCCUCCCAGCCGCCGUACACGGCCACCAGCCAGCCGGCUCCGGCCGCCGGCGGGCCCGGCCCGGCGCCGUACCCGACCAGCUCACAGGCGGGUCACGCGGCCGGCUCCCCGUACCCGGCCAGCAGCCAGCCGGCGGCCCACUCGCCGGCGUACGCGCCGCCGGUGGCGGCCGGCGGCCAGCCGGGCCAGGCAUACCACUACUCGGGCCCGCCGCAGGGCCAGUACCCGCCGCACGCGCCGUACUCGUACCCGCCGGCGGCGCAGCAGUACCCGGGGUACCACCACCAGCAGUACCAGUACCGGCCGGCGGCCCCGGGCGCGCCGCCGGCCGGCCAGCCCGGCCAGUACGGCUACCCGCCGUACCAGCACUGA